AUGGAGGACUUACGUUGGAAUGAUUCAAGUGACAUCCUUCAAGACAUCAUGGUCGGCUCUAUGGGUUCUCAUCAAGAUCUAUCCGAGUUUCGACCAAAUCUAAGCCUUGGAGACUCAGCCUCAAAUCCACUCGACUUACACUUGAGUCCUGAUCUGGAUUCUUCUCAAAAUCCUCCUUUUCUCAAUCACUGGCCCUCUGCUCCUCAGGAUUUUUACUACCCAAGUUACCCCGCCUCCAGACUCACCGCAAAUCAAGAUGCCUGGAAUCCUUUACUAGCUGCUGGUGUCCCACAGUCUACUUCUGUACCCCCGAUUCAUAUGGUUGAUGAUGGUGUAUUUACUAAACCCCACUAUCGGACUCCAUCUGAUGCGGGGAGUCAAUAUAUGGGGAGUUUACACUCCGCUGACUCCGGGUAUGGGAGUAUAAGUGGGGCGCCUCAUACUGUUCCGUCCUAUGUGGAUUCCUUGUCGAGUCCGCAACUGGGGAAUGAACAUUUGUUCGUGGAGUCCAUGCCACUGUUUGAUCCUGCCCGUAUGAGUACGGGAUCAAUCUUUCAGGAUUAUGGGGAUGCUCCGUUUGAAGCGUCGGUCAAAUGUGAUCAUCCCAGUUGUUCUUGGAUUGGGAAGUGUCCUUCUGAUAAGAGGAAGCACGAGGCCCGCCAUCGAAAGUUGUUCAAGUGUGAUGAACCUAACUGCCCACGGAAAGAGGGAUUCGGGACUAUCAAUGAUCUCGCCAGACAUAAGAAGUGUGUUCAUAAUAAGGAACCUGAACGUGGACCCAAGAUGAUGUAUCUUUGUUUCGGGAAGGAUUGUCCUCGACCGAAUAAGAAGUGGCCUCGCUUGGAUAACUUUAAACAACACCUGAGUCGCAUGCAUGCUGAAGAAGAUGCUGAUAUUCUGUUGAAAAGAUCAAUGGACUGGUAUGAGAGUGUCACUGGUCGUCGACCAAAUCACAAAAUGGAGGAUACCUCCCUCGAAGACUCAUUCAUGGAUGCCCCAGAUCAUAUGUCGACCCACUCUGGAGACAUGGAGGAUCCAUGCGACUUGCUCCAUGUUUCAGACAAUGUCGAAUUUUCCUCCUGCUCAGCAUCGCCCCGACCAGUUUCCAGCAGUGCAGCUUCUGAAGUUCUGUCAGAACUCCAGCCCCAAUUCCCAUUGGGUUGCAUCGGCCUCCCACAAGCCCUAUCUCAGGAUGCACGCGACGCAGCUGCCGACCGGAAUAGCAAGUCGGAGACCUUCCUCACUGACGCAGCUAAUAACCUCAUCACCGCUAUGACAAAGAUGGUGAAUAACCGUAUCCGACGAUCGAGUCAACACACCGAUGAAGGUAUCGAUAUCGAGUCUGAAAAUGCACAACUAUCCCAGCCACAACGCCAGAUGCUACAGAAGGUGCUCUCCGUCGCCUUAGAGCGUCUUUCCGAUGAAACCCCUGCGGUUCAAGAGCCUGCGGAUGAGAAGCAGGAUUGGUUCCAAUGCGAUAUCUGUUCCAAGCGUACCCGGCUCCGCUGUGAAAUGAAAAAACACCAAAAACGUCACGACCGACCAUACGGUUGUACAUUCCCCCACUGCGCCAAGUCCUUCGGAAGCAAGGCAGAUUGGAAACGCCACGAGACCUCUCAACACCUGCACCUCUCCAGCUGGCUUUGUGCAUUUCACGACUCCGCCAAGAACGUCUCCUGCGGUCGCAUCUUCUACCGCGAGGAAACAUAUUCCCAACACUUAACACAACACCAUCACAUCCACAAGACCCGCUUAAAGCCCGCCCUUGCGUCGACGCGUCUCGAUCUGGCUGAUCAAUCCCAGUUCUGGUGUGGAUUAUGCAAUCGAUCGAUCCCACUCCAAGCGAAUGGUCCCUCGGCUCUGGAUGAACGAUUUAAUCAUAUUGAUACGGAGCACUUUAAGAAAGGGGAACGUGGGUCUGAUUGGACUUUUCCUGAAUUGCGAGACUCGGUCUCCAUGCCUCAGGCUGAUGUUAAGCAUGAAGCUGGGUUAUCGCAGUCCUUGUCGGAUGUGGGGAUGAAUCAUCGCAAGCGUAAAUACACAGGUGUCCAUUCGCUUUCGGAUCGUCAAUAA